AUGUCCACAAUCACUCUGCACAGCUUCGCUGCCUCCCCGUUUGGCGAAAAGGUGCGCCUUAUCCUAGGCUUGAAAGGUUUGGUAUGGCAGUCAGUGGAUGCGGAACUCAUUCUACCAAAGCCUGGCCUCACAGCCUUGACAGGAGGAUAUCGAAAAACUCCAGUCCUGCAGAUCGGCGCCGACAUUUACUGCGAUUCUCGGCUCAUCGCGGAAGAGUUGGAAACGCGAUAUCCCAUUCCCACCAUCUUUCCUGGCAACUCCAAAGGACUGUGCUUGGCGUUGUCUAGUUGGAGUGACAGAGACUUGCAUAUUGCUAGCUCUGGACUUGUCAUCGGAGUCAACAAAUCAAAAUUCCCACCUGAUUUAAUGGCCGAUCGAGAGAAGUUUUUCGAAGGUUUCAUGGACUUGCACCGUCUUGAAGAGGAUGUGCCUCACCUCAAGACUCAAUUACGCGCACAUGCAAGUUUGAUUGAGGAACAGCUUAGUGACAGCCGUUCGUUCUGGCUGGGUGAAGCGCCGAGUCUUGCUGAUUUCCAUGCUUACGUUGACAUUUGGACGGCACGCGUUUACUUGGAUUUUGCACAAGAACUGUUCAAAAAUUUCCACAAGAUGUCUCUAUGGGAAGAGAGAGUACGGAAGAUUGGCCACGGAAGCAACCGGGUCAUUGAUAUUGCGGAAGCACACGAGUCGGCUCGUUGCAGCACACCUCUUCCCGGUCACGGCGUAGAUUCCGAGGAUGCACUUGGACUUUCGCGUGGGGAUGAUGUGAUAGUUACGCCAGACGACUACGGACAGGGACAUACCACUGGGCGCCUAGUGACUUUGACAACGCGAGAGGUUGCCCUUGUGCGUGAUGAUCCUCUUGUAGGACAGGUGGUCGUACACUUCCCUCGUAUUGGGUUUCGCAUCUCCCGUUCUUCGAAACCCUAG